UAUGACGAGUCAAUCACGGGAGUCGCAGGUCGAUGACCAUGUCAUCUGUGAGAGGUGGAACCGCUGCCGGGCGAGGACGCGGUACUAGUGCUCCGGGGAGCACGUUGCGAGGAAGCUCAAAUGGCCGUGGAAGAAGCUCUAGAGGGCGCGGACGAGGAGGUGCGGCAUCAACACAAAGAAACGCAGAGGAAAAAUCGACCCCGAGCAUGAACAAAGUGACGCAAGGAGGAUUCGUCAAACCUAAAAAGUCGGUGCACUGGGCGCAAGAGCAAGAGAUAGAGCCGGACUCCAACGAAGAUCUUGCCGACCGAUAUGCGAGACUCAAACGAAACCGAGAAAAGGAACGCGCCAAUGCCAUACGCUCAGGUCUUCUUGCAGAUCCAGAAAAGCCCCGUGCGCUGGUAGAUGCCAUCACUCCCGUGGGAACAUGUCAGGAUAUGUGUGCCGAGUAUGAGAGGGUGGAGCGAGCUGUGCGGAAUGAGGUUUGGGACGAGGAGAAGGUGAUACAAUUUGAGAUGAAAAGGCGAGGCAACGAUCUGACGAUGAUAUCAUAUGCACGCACUGAUGCGCCCAUGGAUGAACCUCGCAUGGUGAAGAUCUUCAAACGUUCAGCUGCUGGAGAUGAAGAGCAACUACCGUCAGACCUCCGACCACCACGGGUGCUCCUGCGCACGUGCGAAUAUCUCUUCGACGAGCUGAUCGGAAAUUCCCCGUCUCUUGCAAAGGUGCACAACUUCGUUUGGAACCGAACACGCGCAGUCCGACGGGACUUUUCGAUCCAACAAUUGUCCAAACCAGAUGACUUGCGAAUCGCGAUUGAGUGCUAUGAGCGAAUUGCGCGAUUCCACAUCCUCUCGCUACAUGAUCUGGCGCAACCAGUGAAACCAUAUCCAGAGUAUGAUUACAAGCAGGACAGAGAACAGCUAGAUAAGACACUGUUGUCCCUCAUGCAGUAUUACGACGACAGCAGAGGCCGGAUCGAGCUGCCCAAUGAGCCGGAAUUCCGCGCUUACUGUAUCGUCUUUCAGCUCCAGGAUUUUACACCAGAUCUCGAGGACCGUGUUCAGACCUGGCCGAUCGAAGUCGCUAGCGAUAGUCGGGUCCAGACAGCGCUCGAAAUGUAUGCGGCAGCAGGUAGCAUCACCGAGCUCAAAGGUCCUCUUAAGACCUCAGCUAUUCAACAGUUCAACGCACAGCAAGACUGGCAGGUCUUUUUUAACGUCGUCGAAUCUACACGGGUGUCAUUCCUCAUGGGUUGCGUCGCUGAGAUUUUCUUCAAUUUCGUUCGACAUCAAACGCUUGACUGCAUAGUGCGUAGCGCACCAAGACUACGACAGACAGGACGACCAAAUCCUAAUCAUCUAGUCGAGGUCGAUGUACUUCGCAACCUGUUCGCGUUUGACGAAGACGACGAGACGAUCGAUUUCUGUGCGCGCUACGGUCUUACUCUCCAAGAGAGCGAUGGGGAUUUCAAGAUCGAUAUCGGA